GUUUACGUCUCCAUCAACCAUCUUGCUGGAUUGGUGAAAACUGGCUGGAUGACUUCGCCAGUCCACCGUCCGGCCGAGCAGAAAAGCCGCAGACGCAGCUGCGCGUGCGGGAACGAAAAAGCGCAUGGAUCAGUUUAGCCUUCCCUCGACUCCCGACGAUCCGCUGCGCACUCCAGGACUUCAAUUUUCUCGCCCUCGAGCAGGCCCUAAAACGCACUGAAAGGAUCACUCGCGAGGACAUGUGUGUGGCUGGCACUUACCGGCACAAUGCGCACUCCAAGACUUCAAUUUUCUCGCCCUCGAGCAGGCCCUAA